GCUUCUUCGAUCAGACGGUCACCGACCUCCCUUUCUUCCUCACUCUCGAGCCGACUUAUCGUUACUCGGCGUCUCGUCGCCACAGCUCCUCUGCACAUUUCGAUGUGAUGGAGACGGGGUACGACUUCAUUCUCGGCACUCCGUGGUAUCGUCGGUUCCGCAACACCGAGGCCGAUUGGGCGGCCAACACUCUCGUUCUCAAAACGAAGUGUGGACAGACGUAUCGCGUACCUUUCAUAGGUAGCACCGCGACACCACGCCCCGAUUCUCCUCCCCCGGAGCCUUCCGUGCCCACACCAUCUCCUUCUAUCACCGUCACUUCGCCUCUGCAGUUCGCCCACGUCAUCCGACAGGACAACGUCACCUUCUUUAUGGUGAACGUGACGGAUCUCUUACACUAUGAUCGACCCUGUCCCGACACCGAGCUCAUCCCUCUGGAGCUAGAUCCUCCUUCUAUCUCCAUGGCUCCCAUCUCUACUUCCGUCCCUCCGCCGUCCGUCGAGUCCACCCCGCCGUCGCACGCGGACGCUGACGGUGAGGAACUCGCACGAUGUACGGCUGAUCUGGAGCCCGCUGUUCGUGACCUCAUCCGAGAGUACUACGACGUUUUUCCAUCGUCGUUCUCGUACGCCGACAUCCCACCGAUGCGUGACGUCCAACACUCCAUUCAGCUUGUGCCUGACUAUCGUCUACGUGUCCGAGCAGUAGCAGAGUUCCAUGACCAGGCAGCCGCCAGUCAUAUGGGCUGCCACAAGACGUUGGCUCGUGUGAGCCGCCUGUACGUCUGGCCGAAGCGCAAGGACUUUGUGAAGGACUACGUCGCAGAGUGUCCGACCUGUCAGAAGGUGAACAGUGCAAACCACUUCCCUUGUGGUUUGCUCCAGCCUCUUCCUAUCCCUGAGGGUCGUUGGCAGUCCAUCUCGAUGGACUUUAUCGGUCCCCUUCGUCCUCCGACCCCUCGCGGUUAUGAUGCUAUCCUGGUCGUCGUCGACCGCUUCACGAAGCGUGCACACUUUGUUCCGUGCCGCUAUGCCAUCAGUGCACGUGAGGUCGCCGACAUCGUGUUUGACGGAGUCGUGCGUGACCACGGCUUACCUCUGAGCAUCAUAUCUGACCGUGACCCGCGCUUUACCAGCCGAUUCAGGCAACGGCUCCACGAUGUAUACGACACUCAGCUCCGCUUCUCCUCAUCUUACCAUCCUCAGACUAAUGGUGAGAAUGAGAUCAUGAACAGGACUCUCGGAGAUAUUCUCCGAAAGAUUGUUCGUGACGACCAGCAGUGGGAUCUCCAUCUUGCCCACGCGGAAAUAGCCUACAACCACGCCGUCUCGCCAGCCACGGGAAUGUCGCCUUACUAUUGCGACCUCGGCUAUCACCCUCGUGUUCCCGCGGACUUCCUCCGACCGUCCCAGCUGCACACCGACACGAGUUGUCCCGCGCUGGAUGAUUGGGUUGCACACAUGACGUCGAUUAUGAAGACCGCAUAUGAGCACAUAGCCGCUUCCGAGACUCGCAUGGCAGCACGUGCGAACCGAUUGAGAAUGGAUCAUCCAUUCAAAGUCGGUGAUGAUGUGCUUAUCGACGCCCGCCACUUACAGCUCAAAGCGGACAUGCUUCGCAAGUUUCGGCGUCGCUUCUUUGGCCCAUGCAGCAUCCUCCAAGCCGUCGGUUCUGAUACGGCUUCUAGCCCGGUCAGCUUCCGUGUGAAGCUGCCCGACUAUCUACGUCAGACUCGUGUGCACGAUGUCUACCACGUCUUGUUACUGCGUCCUUACUGCAGACCGUCUUAGCGUUUCGUUGGACGACAAUACGAGCGCCCUCCACCCAUCAUGGUGGAUGACCACGAGGAGUUCCUCGUUUCAGACAUCAUUGGCCGCCGAGUCACCGACGA